AUGCGUUAUGCACUUUUAGCCCUUGGCUUAGCAGCCAGGAAUAGUUUCGCUUGCCAGCGCGACUGGGCUGGGCUUCACAAACGCAUACACAAGCACCAGGGUCGCUCUCACACGAAACGACAUUUCGUGGAAUUCCCCCCCUCCCUGACUGAGACCGAGUCAAUCCUCGUGAACUCGUUCGACAGCAAGUCGAUUGACUCGUGGUCAUACUACUAUACCCAUGGGGAUCACCUCGGUGGCCACAAUUACUCCAUGGCUGAGUGGACCAUGGAUCAUUGGAACGAUGCGGGCUUCAAUGCUACUAUCCAAGAGUUCUGGAUCUGGUAUACGGCGCUCAUCGAGACGGCUUUGAAACUGAACCGACCGGAUGGAAGCAUACACGAAGUCAGUCUCAUAGAAGACAUGCUAGCAGAGGACCCGACCACGAGUUACCCCAACCGAAUUCCUGCAUACCACGCGAUGAGUGCCAGCGGUAAUGUCAGCGCGGAAUAUGUCUACGUUGGGCGCGGAACACAGGCAGACUUUCAGGUCCUGAAGGAUGCUGGGAUCGAACUCGAAGGGAAGAUUGCCCUGUCUAUGUACGGUGGUAUCUACCGUGGAACGAAAGUGAAAAAUGCACAGGACAACGGUAUGGCCGCUUGUGUACUAUUCACUGACCCCCUCGAUGACGGGGAGAUCACUGAGGUCAACGGAUACCUGCCAUACCCGGACGGCCCUGCGCGAAACCCAUCCAUGAUCCAGAGAGGCAGUGUCCGAUUCGCCUCACUAUACUCAGGAGACCCCUCGACGGUCGGCUACGCAUCCGAGAAAGAAGGACCGCGCAACGAUGUCGCUCCGUACAACCCUUCUAUCCCGUCAGUCCCCAUCAGCAUGAAGGAUGCCGUGCCUAUCCUCCAAGCCCUUGACGGCAGUGGCGUCUCCGCCGAAGCGGCCAACCGCAGCGACUGGCACGGGGCCUUCCAGAACGUGAGCUACAGCAGUGGUCCGACACCAGGCGCGACCCUUGACAUGAAUCACUUGAUGAACGAGACCAUCGCCCCGGUUUGGGAUGUCAUCGGCGUCAUCAAUGGGACGCAUCCCGAGGAGGGUGUUCUGGUGGUCGGAAACCAUCGUGAUGCUUGGGUCAUUGGGGGUGCUGCUGAUCCGAACUCCGGAAGUGCCAUCUUGAUCGAGCUGGCCAGGGCCUUUGGAAAGCUAGUCGAGAAGGGGUGGAAACCAAGAAGGACAAUCAUCCUCGGUUCUUGGGACGCAGAGGAGUUUGGUCUUCAAGGCUCGACCGAAUGGGUGGAAACCCACCUGCCCUGGCUCAUCACCAACGCGAUAGCGUACCUCAACAUCGACGUCGCCGUCUCAGGACCGCGAACGGCCCUCUCAGGCUCUGGUGAGAUCCAGACCAUCGCCAUCGAGAUGAUGAAGAAGGUCAUCUUCCCCGAUACUUGGGGUACCGGACCGACCUUGUACGACAUGUGGUACAAUACCACCGAGGGCGAGAUCGCGCCUCUGGGUAGUGGCAGUGACUAUGCUGCGUUCUACCACAAUGGAAUCAGUGCGAUCGACAUCGGAUCAGACGGCGGCAAGACCGACCCCGUCUACCAUUAUCACGGACAUUAUGAUUCAUACGCUUGGAUGGAAAAGUUCGGCGAUCCAGGCUUCCAGGUUCACACUGCGAUGGGACAAUGGUUGACACUCAUCGCGUACCACAUCGCCGACGACGUGCUGAUCCCGUGGGACGUUCCCAACGCCGGCAAGGUCCUGCGUGUCCACUAUGAAGACCUCAGCGACACACUGGCAGAGGGUUAUCCGGAUCUGACUUUAGACCUCUCCCCCAUCAGUGACGCGAUCACGGCGUUCGACGAGGCAGCGGAGCGCAUCACAUCUACAGCCUCGCUAGCGCUAGCUUCGAACGACGCGGUCCUGAUCGAAGUCGUCAACAGCAAGUAUCGAGGCUUCUCGCGCGGAUUCGCGAGCGUGGGCGGGCUGCCCGGUCGGCCUACCUUCAAGAACGUCGUCAGCGCCCCCGGACUGGACAAUGGCUACGGUGCCGACGUGUUCCCGGCUGUGCAGGACAGCCUGAGUGCUGGAGAGUCGGAGGAGGCUCUAGCGUGGGUUGAGAAGAGCGCCGCGGCUAUCUUGAGGGCAGCUGAAAUUCUGAAGAUCUGA